CCUUUGGUUCUUGUCGCCUUGGUUGUAUCUUCCCCCCACGUAACAAUAGUACAGCCCGACCUCAGGUUGGGCACCAAAUUAGGACAGGCCGGGCCGGGGGAGCCUGACGUUUCUUCCGGUGGUGCUCUCCUAUCCUCUCCGGGCUCCUCCUACCUGCAGCCCUGGGGCCCGGCCGGGCUGCCGGUCCCUAGAGAUCUCGGCUCUGAGCCCCACCUUGGCCCCGGGCUGCUUCCUAGGGGACGCUUCAGGCCUAGCAUUCCACCUGUCGGAGUUUUACAGGGUCCCGUCUUCUGGGCCAUGAGUGAGCUGAAGGACUGCCCAUUGCAAUUCCAUGAUUUCAAGUCUGUGGACCACCUGAAGGUCUGUCCCCGGUACACAGCAGUGCUGGCCCGCUCGGAGGACGAUGGCAUUGGUAUUGAGGAGCUGGACACCCUGCAACUGGAGCUGGAGACCCUGCUGUCCUCUGCAAGCCGGCGACUGCGUGUACUGGAAGCUGAAACCCAGAUCCUUACUGACUGGCAGGAUAAGAAGGGUGACCGACGGUUCCUGAAGCUGGGGCGAGACCAUGAGCUUGGUGCUCCCCCAAAACAUGGGAAGCCCAAGAAGCAGAAACUGGAAGGGAAGGCAGGACAUGGGCCCGGCCCUGGCCCAGGACGACCCAAAUCCAAAAACGUUCAGCCCAAGAUCCAGGAAUAUGAAUUCACUGAUGACCCAAUCGACGUGCCUCGGAUCCCCAAGAAUGAUGCCCCCAACAGGUUCUGGGCCUCUGUGGAGCCCUACUGUGCCGACAUCACCAGUGAGGAGGUCCGAACACUAGAGGAGCUCCUGAAGCCCCCCGAAGAUGAAGCUGAGCAUUAUAAGAUUCCCCCACUGGGGAAACACUACUCCCAGCGCUGGGCCCAGGAAGAUUUGCUGGAGGAGCAGAAGGAUGGGGCUCGGGCAGCAGCUGUGGCUGACAAGAAGAAAGGCCUCAUGGGACCGCUGACUGAACUGGACACAAAAGAUGUAGACGCCCUGCUGAAGAAGUCCGAGGCCCAGCACGAGCAGCCAGAAGACGGGUGUCCCUUUGGCGCCUUGACACAACGCUUGCUGCAGGCCCUGGUGGAGGAAAAUAUUAUUUCCCCUAUGGAGGACUCUCCUAUUCCUGACAUGUCUGGGAAAGAAUCAGGGGCUGAUGGAGCAAGCACUUCUCCCCGAAACCAGAACAAGCCCUUCAGUGUGCCACAUACCAAGUCCCUGGAGAGCCGCAUCAAGGAGGAGCUGAUUGCCCAGGGCCUCCUGGAGUCUGAGGACCGGCCUGCUGAGGACUCAGAGGAUGAGGUCCUCGCUGAGCUGCGCAAACGGCAGGCUGAGCUGAAGGCACUCAGUGCACACAACCGCACCAAGAAGCAUGACCUGCUGAGGUUGGCAAAGGAGGAGGUGAGCCGGCAGGAGCUAAGGCAGCGGGUCCGCAUGGCAGACAAUGAGGUCAUGGAUGCCUUUCGCAAGAUCAUGGCUGCCCGGCAGAAGAAGCGCACCCCCACGAAGAAGGAAAAGGACCAGGCCUGGAAGACCCUGAAGGAACGGGAGAGCAUCCUGAAGCUCCUAGAUGGCUAGCCUCACCUGCUGCUGGCCACCUCCCUGGCCUGGCAGAGGCCCACUUCCUUGGAAGCCUUGGCCAGGGGCUGCCCAUCAAAUGGCAACAGUCUCAGGGCUGAAGUACUCUCAGGCCACUCAGCUGAGCUGUGUGCAGCCAGCAUGCAAGGCCUUACCGCACUGGCCUGGACCUAGCAUCUGCCUGGUGCCUCAGCUGAGCGGGCUUGUUCCUGGCUGUCCCCUUUCCUUCUUACAAUCUCCUCGACACCUUUCCCGCAAGGACUUCUUCCUUGGGGUUUUGUAAAGUACAAACUUAAGAAUAAAUGACUGCUGUGUUUUGUUUUGUUUUCUAAAAAAAUUACAAAAGGA